GAUAAUAUCAAAGUAGUAAAUCGGAAUCACUUGACGCGCCCCGAUCUCUCGUCAAUUUUCCCACAAUUUCACGCAAAUAACAACCCAAUUGUUGCUCAUAGUGCAAAUAUUUACCAGAUUACUCACCGGCUGAGGUAGGAAAAGGCUAGUGGCAGUGAAUGCAGGAGUGAAAGUACAGAAAAGAGUGAAUUUCCCAGUGUUGUGCAAAAGGAGAACGAUAAACCUGAGCCGGAUUCCAGGGCUGAGAAAUGGCACAGAGUCGAGAAGAUUGGGGUCAGCAGCGGAUGCGCCAGGAAGAGAUCCCUCUGGAUCGCCUGGAUAGCGUUAACAGUCAGGCCUCGGAGACUGGAGAGAGAAGAAAAGCUCGUGCCAUCUUUAACAAUUUGGACAGGGAUGGGGAUGGGUAUUUGAGUAUUGAUGAAUUGAAGCAUCUGAUACGUAGUCAUCAGUGCCGGGAGAUGCCUAGGGGAGUGGCACGUCGGGUGAUGGAGAUCGGAGACACAAAUGGGGAUGGUCAGUUGGACUUUGAGGAAUUUUAUCAGCUCUCCCGGACGCACAAGUGGAUGCUGAAGCCCUUGGUGGUACGUUACUGUCAGAUGGUGGUCCCGUCGCCACACAGAACACCCGAAGACGCAAUAGAUGGCCAGUACGAGCGGAGUAUGACCUUCUGCCCACCGCCUCUCACCAUGGUUAUCUUCUCUCUCGUGGAGAUUAUCAUGUUCCUCAUUGAUGUUGUUCAUCUCAGAGAUUAUACAAAUGACGUGAAUCAAAUAGGUCAGAGCACCAAAGGUCCCGCUGCCACCAUCUUCAUCUACAACCCCACGCGCCGUUUUGAGGCUUGGCGCUUUGCCACUUACAUGUUUGUUCACAUUGGAAUCAUGCACCUGAUUAUGAACCUGUUGGUGCAGAUAUUCUUGGGCAUUGCCCUCGAACUCGUGCACUGUUGGUGGCGCAUUGCUUUGGUGUACUUGGCAGGGGUUGUGGCUGGCUCAAUGUCCGUGUCUCUUGCCACUCCCACUGUGUACUUGGCGGGUGCUUCGGGUGGUGUUUAUGCCCUCAUUACCGCCCACAUUGCCACAAUCAUCAUGAAUUGGAAUGAGAUGGAAUAUGCAAUUAUUCAAUUGCUUGUCUUUCUCAUUUACAUCAUCACGGACAUUGGGGCAGCUCUGUAUCGGCAAUUUAGCGAUAUUCACGAUCGGGUAUCCUACACGUCGCACAUUGGAGGCGCUGUGGCGGGGCUAUUGGUGGGCAUUGGGGUUCUGAGGAAUCUCAAAGUGCGUCCGUGGGAAAAGAAAUUGUGGUGGGCAGCUGUUGUGACCUAUAUCUUGCUGAUGGGAUCAGGAAUUUGUGUUCACAUUUUCGUUCCGGAUCACUUUAUGCAGCAAAAUGCCUUCAUGUGAGACUUUAUCCCGUAUUUCUGUGACAAUAUGUGCAUUUAAAAACACCACCAUACCCCCCUUCAUUCCGCCAAUGAGAUAUCUUGCGAUGCGCACAGAAAGCAAAUGUUGACGAAUUGAAUAUUUCUUCGAGUAUUUUUUUUAUCUCUAUUUUUGUAAAUGGGCUUUUUACGAAGCAUCUUUUAUCCUUGAGGGUAUUUUUGUGAAGAAACUUUUAAAGAAAAAAAAAACAAUCCGCCAA